AUCUAAGGCUACCAGGAUGAUGUUGCAACCCAAUAUAUCCACUACUUGCUUCGUUUAAUACAACUGACUGCAUAUUUACACGUGAAAUGAGCUUUUUCUGAAGUCGGUGGUGGUCCUAUCCAUACGCUCUGAGAUCUGCAGUGGUGCGCACGCGCCGAAGAUCCACCGCUGCGGUCACCUGCCCCUGGAGCUGCAGACGCGACCUACAUUCAGUCAGUUGUGGCCCAAUUACACUGCACAAAAGCUACACUUCACCUGUCCAGGGACAGGACAGCGACUGGUGUGCACGGCAGAAGAGUGUGGUGCUGAUGUGAUGCUGGAGGAUCAGGCUGUGGUGCAUUGAGCCUCCCAUGGCUGUAAGCACCAUGGACUCUGAGUCAACCCGAACACCUCAGCCCCAGGCUGCCCUGACUAAAGGAGGCCACGCCCUGCUACCACCUGGGGCUUUGAGUGCCAGACUGGGCACUCAAGGGAAGCACUAUGUCUGUGGAUCUAUUGCAGCUUUUACCAAUAUCGUGGUGACCUUCCCCAUCCAGAAGGUGCUGUUCCGCCAACAGCUGCACGGUGUGUUGGCCUCUGAGGCAGUCCGGCAGCUCCAGAGGGAUGGGUUGAGGAAUCUUUACCGGGGCCUGUUGCCCCCACUGCUUCAGAAGAGCACUACAGUGGCCAUCAUGUUUGGCCUGUACGAGGACUUCUCUAGAGUCUUAUUGAACAAGGCUGAUGGCAGUGGCGUGCCAGAUCUGGUCACGCGAAGUUUUGCUGCAGCAUUGGCAGGAACUGCCGAGGCCUUCCUGACACCAUUUGAGCGAGUGCAGACUCUCCUACAAGACCAUCGGCACUACGGCCGCUUCAACAACACAGCCCACACCUUCCGAACACUUCUGACUGAGUAUGGUGUCAGAGAGUGCUACCGUGGCCUCGUGCCUAUACUCCUCCGUAAUGGCCCUAGCAAUGUGCUCUUCUUUGGGCUUCGGGGGCCAAUUAAAGAGCAGCUCCCAGAAGCCACUACUUGGGCAGGUCACUUGGUGAUUGAUUUUGUGUGUGGAGGGGUGUUGGGGGCAGCCCUCGGCAUUAUGUUCUAUCCAUUAAAUGUGGUCAAGUCCCGGGCUCAGUCUCAGGUUGGUGGAGCCUUCCAGCCAAGCAGCAAGGUGCUGCUGACAGUGUGGAGAGAGAGGGGUGGCAGCUUGGCGAUGCUCUUCAGAGGGGCCCACCUCAAUUACCACAGAUCCCUCCUCUCCUGGGGGAUCAUCAAUGCCACCUAUGAGCUGCUGCUGAAGGUCAUGUGAGAGGGGAAAUGAAGAUCACAAAAGAAUGAAAGAUAAAAUGUUUAAAGGGAAAUACCUGUAUGGAGUAAUCGAUCCAGUUUGUCAAGAAAAAAAAGUUCAUCCUAUGCACUUGCUUUCUGGCAGUGUCUCUGGGACAUUGGAGUUUCCAUGGCUGAAAGACAGCAAUGAUGUUGCACUUCUGACAGGGGCCAACAGUCAGUGUGAGAUAACCACCUGCCAUUGUGACCAUUUACUGAGUAUUAACAACAAAACACACUGCCGCCUGUACAAAACGUGCCAGGGUCCAAUUGAAAUGCCCCUGUUUGCUCUUGUGUUCAAAAAAUGUAGUGGAGCAAACUCAGCUUCUGUACUUUUUUCCCCACUGUUUUCAAGCAAAUGUUCCUAAAUUGUAAGUGGAGCUGUUUUCUUUCUAUGUGCUGUGUGCUGUGGUGUCUCUUGAGCGCUUUGUCUAUGAAGCUGAAUUCUGCCUCUCAACUCAAACACGUUUGUGCUUGUGGCCAUUGAAAACCAUUGAACUAUUGUCAGAAUAAACUUUUUUUUUUUGUCUCUCGAUGACCUCCGAAAGCUAAGAAAGAAUUGAAAAUGACUAUCAUUGAUGGACAUGUUGGAAAAACUGUCCAGCAGACACAGAAAGGCCAUUUUAAACCAUUUGUUCUUUCACACAUACUCAUCAUCUAUGUGAGACGUUUAGUCAAACACUGUCUUGAUUAAGUUUCUGGUGUGAUAUUUGUAAUUUGAGUUUUGUCAAGCUCCCAUUGAUUCAUAUGUCAGUUGUUUUGAAAUGUAUUGGAAGAGAGAAAAAUAAUAUAAUAACAAAUAAUCCCAAAUCAAUUUUCUUUUAAACAAAACCUUUUCAGCUUCAGAGAAAUGUUUGAUUAUUGACUAUAAAACAAAGAACUCCUCAAUAUUUGUUUCCAUUUUCUUUAAUGUCACUUGUUUUAUAAAUGUAUCUCUCUCCUUUUUAUAUUUCCUCCUCUCACGCUUGUGCUCCUCUCUGUCAGUAACAUCUGUUGACAUAAUGGGCUCAGAUUUCAAGCUCGAGUAGAUGUAGUCACCACGUGGCAGCUCUCCCUGGGUAUGACAGCCCGAAGAGGAAAGGCAUGCUGCUCGGACACUGAGGGAGACUGAACAGUAAUGGUGCCGAGAGAAGACUGGGACAGAGGGUAAUGUUCAGUGGCACAAAAGGCUCAAGCUGCCAUGAAAAUGCAUCACUUGGCCUAUUUCUUCAAUUCUUUACAUUUCUUCCAUUUACAAUCAACCGUGUUUCAUCGGAUGUUUUCGUCUUGAAAACUGCAACUUUGUGUUCGUCUAGGUUUUGAAAGCGGGGGACCCUCCCUGAUACUGAAUUAUACUGUUUAUAAUUAUCACUUUCUGUGAAGCACAAGACUCUAUAAGAUUGUCAAAAGAAUAAUCACAACCAAAUGAAAUGUUCCAAUAAUCAAUCUAUUAAAAAUGUUGGCAGUGAA